GGUAGCUACAUGCUUGUCUCCACCUCAAUCUUGGUUUUAACACGCAAGAAUUAUGGAUCCUGUUAACCUACCUAGCAAUGAUGACCGAGCAUCCACUUUGUAUGCAAUCAUUUACACGCCACUGAUAUGCACUAUACCAUUUCUUGCCCUACGUAUCUGGAUCAGGACUAAGAUGAAGAGUCUCGGAGUCGACGACUAUUUGAUGGUUGCUUGUAUGCUUGUUUUUAUCGGAGCUAUAGUGGUGACUACGAUUUAUGCUGUCAAGGGAGGCUGCCGUCAUAUCUUCUAUCUCACUCCAUCUCAAAUCAUCGAAACUGUGAAGUUGAACUUUGUGGCUCAAGCUUUCGGUAUCACGUCUCCAACACUUGGAAAACUAAGCGUCGGCUUCUUGAUGCAGAGAAUUCUCGGUCCGCACACAGUUUAUCGAAAGUGGUUUAUUCACAUCGUGAUGGCUGUAUACGGGCUUUGGACUGCACUUACUGUCAUUUUCACGUACACUCAAUGUACGCCCACUUCCGCCUUAUGGAAUCCCACCCCAGACAUGAAAUGUUGGGGCAAUCGAGUUUUCCCAGAUAUUGCAGUCUCACAUGGCGCAUUCGGUACAUUUAUAGACUUCUCGUUUGCACUGUUACCUAUCACGUUAGUCAAGCAGCUAGCAGUCACUCCUAAGCAGAAGCUGGCACUCUCUAUAUUGCUCAGCAUGGGUAUCCUCGCAGGGAUUGCAGCGGCUAUCAAAACAAACCAGUUGAAGGAAUUCGGCAACCAAACAGAUCCAACGUGGGCAACCUUUGAUAUCUUCGUAUGGACAACGGUUGAAAUUCAUCUUGUCAUUAUUUGUGGCUGCCUUCCAACACUACGGCCAAUAUAUGAGCGCAUCAUAAACAAACGUGCUAUUUCACCGUCAAAAUCAAGCUCUAAGCCCACCCAUGGAUCAUCGACUCAAGCAUCUGCUACCAACAAAGGAUCUUUCUGGAAGAAUUCAAAAGCUUCGACCACUAUCACCUCUGAUAGCCGUUGGAUAAAUCUCACGGAUCGGUCCGAGGACAAGAUUAAUGUGGAACGGUCCGUGGAGAUCGACUCACAAAGUGCACGUUCAGAAUCAUAGGUGAAGAUUGAACUUUGAUAGUGGGUAUAUGCGAACUUUGCACUGUAGCUUAAUUACUUGUUGAAGGGAGAGCUGAGCUGGGCACGAUGUAAACUUUCUGUCUGCAUACCAUUGGAGGAGGUUCCUGUCGCCUGCAUCUCACUUGCAGGAUCAUUUCGUGUAGUAAUAUUAUAAUUUCUGUGUUCUCGUUUGGA